GCAAGCUUUGGGGACUGGUCCACUCGGAUUUAAGUUUCAAAUCAUUGAAGUAAUCUAUGGAAAAUUUUAAGUAUGUAUCAAUAUUUUGGCAAUCUGUAUGCAGAGGAGUUUCGACGACCCGAUAACGUGGCCUUUUAUAUUCAUUGCAAGGAACCUGUGAGUGCAGAGCUGCCGGAUUGCCUGCUCCGAAAACGCUACCAACCCACCCGCCAGCAACUGGAGAUGAAGCAGCAGUUGGCAGCGGAGCGUCGCUCCUUGCUGGAGGAUCGAAAAAACUACAAGCUGUCGAUGCACUUGGCCAGGGUGUCGCUCAUCGUCGAUAGACACCGCCGGCACACCGCCAGCAGCUUGCGGGAAACCCAGGACCGCAUCAAACGGGACAUGAACGAGCAUGUGCAGAGGCGCACGGAGCUACUCGACGCCCGUCUGAAGAGGCUCAGCCAGCAUAUCAGCAACGUGGGCGAGCGCUGCGAUCUGGUCAGGCAUGAGAAGUUCCUCAAGAAUCUGACGAGCAUCUACAUGGCGAGCAGCUCAGAGACAUCCAAUUGAAUGGGCGCAGAAACUUUCGAAAUAAACUGAACUAAAAAAGCUUUUUGUGCCACUGCCA